CAGGUCAUUUUACAAGUCCCGUUUGCAGUGAUGAAGUUCUUUCAUCUUUAUUGAAAUUAAAGUAUUUCAAGUUAAAGCAUUCCCCCUCUCAUCUUCAUCUCAUAUUCUCACUCUUGCUCUCCUCUUUUCUAUUUGCUUUCACUUUCACUUACUUUCUUCUGUUUCAAAUCCUUCAUCUCUGCAACUUUCUUCACUUUGAGUUUACGCACUUUCUUUUCCAUUAUUUGCAAUUACUUCCUUUUCAUCUUCCUUUAAACCUUUCUUUGCAAAAAAAAAAAAAAAAUGGCUAUGGUGGGUGAAGCUUUUCUCUCUGCUUCCAUUGAGGUGCUGCUUGAUAGGAUUGUUUCUGGAGAUGUUCUGAGGCUUAUCAAAGGAAAGAAACUUGAACCUGUGCUGCUGAAGAAACUGAAGCCAACCUUGAUGUCGGUGAAAGCAGUGUUGGAUGAUGCUGAAAAUAAGCAGAUUACCAACCCAAGUGUCAAAAGUUGGACUGAUGAACUCAAAGAUGCUGUUUAUGAUGCCGAGGACCUCCUGGACGAGAUCUCUACUGAAGCUCUUCGGAACAAGAUCGAACCCGAAUAUCGAACUACUGCUAUGAAGAAGGUUAGUAGCUUUCUCUCUUCUUCCAAUCCUUUCAAAGAUGGGAUGCAGUCCAAGUUGGAGGAGAUCCUUGGGAGACUAGACUACCUACUCAACCAAAAACAGAUUCUGGGUCUGAAAGAAAACUAUAAAGGAGAAAAGGCAUUUCAAAGAAGGCCUGCAACUUCUUUGGUUGACGAGUCUGAUGUUUAUGGCAGAGAUGAUGAAAAAGAAGAAAUAAUGAAGUUGUUGGAUCCUCAAAAUCUGUCUGAAAAUCAGAUAGCUGUGGUUCCCAUUGUGGGUAUGGGCGGGCUUGGCAAAACCACCCUUGCCCAAUUGAUCUACAACGACCCCAGAGUGGAUAAAUGGUUUGACCGCAAAGCAUGGGUGUGUGUUUCAGAGGAAUUUGAUGCUUUCAAUGUAACCAAAACCAUUCUUGAAGAGAUGAAAUGUAGCUGUGAUGGAAACCAGAACUUAAAUCAGCUUCAACUUAAACUCAAAGAGCAGCUGUCGGGAAAGAAAUAUCUAAUCAUUUUGGAUGAUGUUUGGAACAAGAAUUAUGUUCAUUGGAAAGAGCUUGCAAGUCCCUUCACUUCUGGGGCCAAGAAUAGCAAGAUUAUUGUAACAACACGUGAUGAAAACGUUGCAGCAAUCAUGAGGAACGUGAUAAGAACUCAAAGAGAAUACAAUAGAGAAACGUAGAAGAGGGAAGAAUUAAGAAGAGAAAAUGAGAGAGAGAGAGAGAGAGAGAGAGAGAUAUCAAAGAAACUGCUCAAUAUUUUUCAUAACCGUUUCCCACACACAAUCUAUGCUUUAAAAGAAGAUAGCAGCUAAAGAGGACGUGGCACCAGCAGUUGUGCAAAAUGCCCCGUUUCAAUAAAA